GUGACGCGCGGGAGGCGGGACUUCCGCUUCCGGGGUCGGGGCCGAACCGCGUCGCGGGGAGACUCUCGCUCGGCGGCGGAGCCAUGGAGUUCCCCGGGGGCAACGACAACUACCUGGCCAUCACGGGCACCGCGCACCCCUUCCUGACGGGGGCCGAGACCUUCCACACGCCCAGCCUGGGCGACGAGGAGUUCGAGAUCCCCCCCAUCGCCCUGGACGCCGACCCCUCGCUGGCCGUCUCCGACGUGGUGGGCCACUUCGACGACCUGGGCGACCCCGGCAGCGCUGCCGACGCCGGCUUCUCGGCCCAGUACGGGGUGCAGGCGCUGGACAUGCCGGUGGGCAUGAGCCACGGCCUGAUGGAGCAGGGCGGCGGGCUGCUCUCCGGCAGCUUGGCCAUGGACCUGGAUCACUCCAUGGGGACGCAGUACAGCGCCAACCCGCCGGUGACCAUCGAUGUGCCCAUGGCGGCCAUGAGCCCCGGCGGGCUGCUGGGCCACGGGCAGCUCACCACCAUCGACCAGUCGGAGCUGAGCUCGCAGCUGGGGCUCAGCCUGGGUGGCGGCGGCAACGGCGGCGGUAACGGUGGCACCGGCGGCAGUGCUGCCGCCGUGCUGCCGCCGGCCCCGGCCCGCUCGCCCCAGGAGCGCCUCUCGCCCGCGCCGUCCCCCACCGGCUCCCUGCAGGAGGACGAGGCUGAGGAGUUCAGGCGGCAAGCCCCAGCCCAAAAGACGCCGACGCCGCCACCGCCGCCCGCUGCUGCGGCCACGCUGGUGCUGGACCCGGGCCGCAAGCAGAAGCCCCCCAAGAAGCAGAAGAAGAAGAAGGACCCCAACGAGCCGCAGAAGCCCGUCUCGGCCUACGCCCUCUUCUUCCGCGACACGCAGGCUGCCAUCAAGGGCCAGAACCCCAACGCCACCUUCGGGGAGGUCUCCAAGAUCGUGGCCUCCAUGUGGGACAGCCUGGGCGAGGAGCAGAAGCAGGUUUACAAGCGGAAGACAGAGGCGGCCAAGAAGGAAUACCUGAAGGCGCUGGCGGCCUACCGGGCCAUCCAGACCUCGGUGGAGACGGUGGAGCUGGACCCCAGCCCGACGUCGCCGGCCGCGCCGCCGGCCGCCUCGCCAGCCCCCGAGGCCUCGCCCGCGGCCCCCGCGCCGGCCCCGCCGCCCAGCAUCACCAAAAUCAUCAUCCCCAAGCAGAUGCUGCCCUCCUCGCUGGCCGUGUCCUCGCAGGGCGGUGUGGUGACCGUCAUCCCCGCCACGGUGGUGACCUCGCGGGGGGGGCUGCAGCUGGGGGCGGCGGCGGCGGCGGCGGGGGCCACGCAGAUCGUCACCCGCUCGGUGCUGCAGGCGGCCGCCGCCGCCGCCGCCGCCGCCGCGCAGCAGCAGCAGCAGCUGCCCCGCCUGCAGCCGCCGCCGCUGCAGCAGAUGCCGCCGCCGCAGCCCCCCGCGCAGCAGGUGGCCGUGCUGCAGCCCCCGCCGCCGCUGCAGGCCAUGCAGCAGCCGCCGGCGCAGCAGAAAGCCCGGCUCCACCUGCAGCAGCCGCAGCCGCCGCCGCUGCAGAUCAAGAUCCUGCCGCCACCGGCCUUGCAGAUCCAGCCACUGGCGCUGGCGGCGGCGGAGGAGGAGGAGGCCAGCCCCGAGCGUGCCACCGCCGCCGAGCUGCAGGGCUCGCCGGAGCCCGUGGAGAUGAUCGCGGCCGACGUGGUGCCCGAGGUGGAGUCACCCACGCAGAUGGCAGUGGAGCUGGUGGCCGAGUCGCCGGCAGCGGAGUCGCCGCGGCCGCGGUGCGUGCGCUCAGGCUGCGAGAACCCGCCGGUGGCCAGCAGCGACUGGGACAACGAGUACUGCAGCAGCGAGUGCGUGGUGAAGCACUGCCGGGACGUCUUCCUCGCCUGGCUGGCAUCCCGCAACUCCAGCAACAGCGUGGUCUUCGUGAAAUAGCCCCCCGGGGCCCCGCACGGACUCUCUUUUUUCUUUCUAUGGCCACGACGUGGAUGCGAUUUCUUCUCUGAUUUCCAUUAAAGCGGGUGGGGCGGA